GAAAGAGUCUCCCGAUUCUAAAAACCGGGUGGCGGAGCGGUGGUUUUUCCUUUAUUCCUGUUUUCAAAUAAUCCUUCUCUGCAAAUCAAAAGGAGAAACAGUUCAGGUUGAAAAGACGGAAUCAUUGAAUCAAAAGCCAGCAUAUUCGCUGGGCAAGCUUCAAGCUCUCCUUCGGUCCCUUAACGCUAACUCGGAUCGAAGGCGCUCUCUCUCUCUCUCAGACCAGACCUCUGUCACUCGCCAUUGCUUUCGGUUCUGCGUGGUUGAGCCUGUAAUCUUCGAAGAUGCAUGCAAAUCACUUGUUGCUCGAAGAGCCCAUCAGGAUGGCCUCCAUCCUGGAGCCAUCCAAGGCCAAUUUUUUUCCUGCAAUGACGAAGAUUGUGGGGACGCUGGGUCCCAAGUCCCGAUCUGUGGAGAUUCUAUCUGGCUGCCUCAAGGCCGGGAUGUCUGUGGCUCGUUUUGACUUUUCUUGGGGUGACCCGGAGUAUCACCAGGAGACUUUGGGGAAUUUGAAGGCGGCCGUGAAGGCUACUAAGAAGCUUUGUGCUGUUAUGCUGGACACAGUGGGCCCUGAGCUGCAAGUUAUUAACAAAAGUGAGCGAUCAAUUUCGCUUCAAGAGGAUGCGUCUGUUGUUUUGACUCCUGAUCAAGAGCAAGAAGCCUCUUCAGAGCUAUUGCCCAUCAAUUUUGAUGGAUUAUCGAAGGCAGUGAAGAAAGGAGACACCAUUUUUGUUGGUCAAUACCUGUUCACAGGAAGCGAAACUACUUCAGUUUGGUUGGAGGUUUCUGAAGUGAAAGGAGAUGAUGUGGUUUGUGUGGUAAAGAAUUCUGCAACAUUGGCUGGGUCACUUUUUACGAUGCACAUCUCUCAAAUUCAUAUUGAUCUGCCCACACUUUCAGAUAAAGAUAAGGAGGUCAUAAGUGCGUGGGGUGUUCAAAACAAAAUUGACUUCCUCUCUCUUUCCUACACCCGACAUGCUGAAGAUGUUCGUCAAGCUCGUGAGUUUCUAUCUAAAUCGGGUGACCUUUUCCAAACUCAAAUUUUUGCAAAAAUUGAAAACGUUGAGGGCCUAACCCAUUUUGAUGAGAUCCUACAAGAAGCUGAUGGUAUCAUCCUUUCCCGUGGAAAUUUAGGUAUAGAUCUCCCACCUGAGAAGGUGUUCUUAUUCCAAAAAGCAGCUGUUUACAAGUGUAAUAUGGCUGGAAAGCCUGCGGUAGUUACACGAGUUGUGGACAGUAUGACUGGCAAUCUGAGACCAACUCGUGCAGAGGCAACCGAUGUCGCCAAUGCUGUAUUGGAUGGAAGUGAUGCAAUACUUCUUGGUGCGGAGACUCUGCGAGGAUUGUACCCUGUUGAGACUAUCAGCAUCGUUGGUAAAAUUUGUGCGGAGGCUGAAAAGGUUUUUAAUCAAGAUCUGUAUUUCAAGAAGACUGUCAAAUAUGUUGGAGAACCAAUGACCCACUUGGAAGCAAUAGCUUCUUCUGCGGUCCGGGCAGCUAUUAAGGUCAAGGCAUCUGUUAUUAUUUGCUUCACGUCGUCUGGAAGGGCUGCGAGAUUGAUCGCAAAGUACAGGCCAACAAUGCCUGUUCUAUCAGUUGUCAUACCUCGCCUCAAGACCAAUCAACUAAAAUGGAGCUUCAGUGGUGCAUUUGAGGCAAGGCAAUCACUUGUAGUCAGAGGUCUCUUCCCAAUGCUUGCUGAUCCUCGACAUCCGGCGGAGUCCACAAAUGGAACCAAUGAGUCAGUUUUGAAGGUUGCCCUGGACCAUGGAAAGGCUUCCGGAGUGAUUAAGUCACAUGAUCGAGUCGUCGUUUGCCAGAAGGUUGGGGAUGCAUCUGUGGUCAAGAUUAUCGAGCUUGAAGAUUAGAAUCGCAUACUUUUACCGUUAUUUUUAGUUCUUUAUCUUUUUGGUUUUUAAAUUUAUUUUUUAGCCUUAUUUUUGGAAAGCUGUGGAUGGCUUUGUGGUUUGGCUCGGAGGUGUUGAAAGGUUUUUGGAGACUUAGCUCUGUUUUGAAAUGCACCAAGAAUGUAAACUGGGUAACGUACAUUUGUUUCACUGAAAGUUGUGGAAAAUACUCGGGCAUAUGGUCCCUUAUUCUAUGGCGCAGAUCUGCUAAUCAGAUCUGAUCUGAUGAGUUUUUUCCCCCUUAAAAUAAUGUUUGUAAUGUACCGUGCCUGCCAAGGAUGAGAACAAUGAAACGAGCCAAUAAAAUUCUAAAUUCAGCACCA